GGACGAAGGACCCACAAACGGCGGCUCAUCGUUGAGUUUUAAUGGAAACUGUUAGUUCAAAUGAUACUUUAUCCAUCUGAAAUCUGAGACAUCAUAUCAAACACGCCGGUUUGAGCUGGGCAUAGUGCUCUGUUUGCAGCCCCUGAAGAUCCUUGUGGGAAAACCACAGAAAGGGAGCCAUGUUUCUGUACAACAUCACCCUGCAGCGUGCCACUGGCAUCACCCAUGCCAUCCAUGGAAACUUUUCAGGAACCAAGAUGCAGGAAAUCGUUGUUUCCAGGGGAAAGAUCAUAGAAUUAUUGCGGCCAGAUGCCAACACGGGAAAGGUUCACACUCUGCUCACAGUGGAGGUGUUUGGUAUCGUUAGAUCCCUGAUGGCUUUCAGACUCACCGGAGGAACCAAAGACUACAUUGUUGUUGGAAGUGACAGUGGACGUAUUGUCAUCCUGGAAUAUCAUCCAUCAAAAAACAUGUUUGAGAAGAUCCACCAGGAAACGUUUGGAAAGAGCGGCUGCAGGCGCAUCGUCCCCGGACAGUUCCUGGCUGUGGACCCAAAAGGCAGAGCUGUUAUGAUAGGAGCGACAGAGAAACAGAAGCUGGUUUAUAUUCUGAACAGAGAUGCAGCUGCGAGGCUCACCAUCUCCUCUCCACUGGAAGCCCACAAAGCCAACACACUGGUGUACCACGUAGUGGGAGUUGACGUCGGAUUUGAAAACCCAAUGUUUGCCUGCCUCGAGAUGGACUAUGAGGAAGCUGACAGUGACCCGACAGGAGAAGCUGCCGCCAACACGCAACAGACGCUCACCUUUUACGAGCUGGACCUCGGGUUGAAUCACGUUGUGCGAAAGUACAGCGAGGCUUUGGAAGAGCAUGGAAACUUCCUCAUCACUGUUCCUGGUGGUUCAGAUGGUCCGAGUGGAGUUCUGAUCUGCUCCGAAAACUACAUCACCUACAAGAACUUUGGAGACCAGCCAGACAUUCGCUGUCCUAUCCCGAGACGCAGGAACGACCUGGAUGACCCGGAGCGUGGCAUGAUUUUUGUCUGCUCAGCAACUCAUAAGACCAAGUCCAUGUUCUUCUUCCUGGCCCAAACUGAGCAGGGAGACAUCUUUAAGGUUACUCUGGAAACCGAUGAGGAAAUGGUCACAGAAAUCCGGCUGAAAUACUUUGACACGAUCCCCGUGGCAACAGCCAUGUGUGUCCUGAAGACUGGCUUCUUGUUUGUGUCUUCAGAAUUUGGAAACCACUACCUUUACCAGAUUGCUCACUUGGGUGACGAUGACGAGGAGCCUGAGUUCUCCUCUGCAAUGCCCCUGGAGGAGGGAGACACCUUCUUCUUCCAGCCCCGCCCCCUCAAGAACCUUGUGCUGGUGGACGAACAGGAGAACUUAUCCCCCAUCAUGACCUGCCAGAUUGCUGAUUUGGCCAAUGAAGAUACACCACAGUUGUACGUUGCCUGUGGACGAGGACCACGGUCUACUCUGAGGGUCCUUAGACAUGGACUGGAGGUAUCAGAGAUGGCUGUGUCUGAGCUGCCCGGUAACCCCAACGCUGUGUGGACAGUACGCAGACAUGUAGAAGAUGAGUUUGACGCCUACAUCAUCGUAUCUUUCGUGAACGCUACUCUGGUUCUGUCCAUCGGAGAGACUGUAGAGGAAGUGACAGAUUCUGGAUUCCUGGGAACCACGCCCACUCUCUCCUGCUCGCUGCUCGGUGAAGACGCCCUGGUGCAGGUGUACCCAGACGGUAUCCGCCACAUCCGAGCAGACAAGCGUGUGAACGAGUGGAAGACUCCCGGCAAGAAAACCAUUGUGCGCUGUGCUGUGAACCAGCGACAGGUUGUCAUCGCUCUCACUGGAGGGGAGCUGGUCUACUUUGAGAUGGACCCGUCUGGCCAGCUGAAUGAGUACACCGAGCGUAAGGAGAUGUCUGCAGACGUGGUGUGUAUGAGCCUGGCUAACGUCCCUCCUGGUGAGCAGCGCUCUCGUUUCCUGGCUGUGGGUCUGGUUGACAACACCGUGCGAAUCAUCUCCCUGGACCCUUCGGACUGCCUCCAGCCGUUGAGUAUGCAGGCCCUGCCAGCCCAGCCUGAGAGUCUGUGUAUUGUUGAGAUGGGAGGAGUGGAGAAACAGGAUGAACUCGGAGAAAAGGGAACCAUCGGCUUCCUCUACCUCAACAUAGGGCUCCAGAAUGGUGUGCUGCUGAGGACUGUGCUGGAUCCGGUGACGGGCGACCUGUCAGACACCAGAACCCGCUACCUGGGGUCACGACCUGUCAAGCUCUUCAGAGUCAGGAUGCAGGGGCAGGAAGCUGUGCUGGCAAUGUCCAGUCGCUCCUGGCUGAGCUACUCAUACCAGUCACGCUUCCAUCUGACCCCGCUGUCCUACGAGACUCUGGAGUAUGCCUCUGGCUUUGCCUCCGAGCAGUGCCCUGAAGGCAUAGUGGCCAUUUCCACCAACACACUGAGAAUCUUGGCUUUGGAGAAACUGGGAGCAGUCUUCAACCAGGUGGCCUUUCCUCUGCAGUACACUCCGAGGAAGUUUGUAAUCCACCCGGAGACCAACAACCUUAUUUUGAUCGAGACCGACCACAAUGCCUACACUGAGGCAACCAAAGCCCAGAGGAAGCAACAAAUGGCUGAGGAAAUGGUGGAGGCUGCCGGUGAGGAUGAAAGAGAACUGGCCGCUGAGAUGGCUGCUGCCUUCCUCAACGAGAACCUCCCAGAAGCUAUUUUCGGUGCACCUAAAGCCGGAGCAGGACAGUGGGCCUCACUGGUGCGCCUCGUCAACCCCAUACAGGGUACAACACUGGACCAGGUGCAGCUGGAACAGAAUGAAGCUGCGUUCAGUGUUGCAGUGUGUCGUUUCCCCAACACAGGAGAUGAUUGGUACGUCCUGGUGGGCGUUGCCAGAGACAUGAUUCUCAACCCCAGAUCAGUGAGCGGUGGAUUUAUCUACACCUAUCGGCUCAUCAGCGGAGGGGAGAAACUGGAGUUUGUGCACAAAACCCCAGUCGAGGACGUCCCUUUGGCUAUUGCUCCAUUCCAGGGUCGAGUCCUGGUGGGAGUGGGUAAACUGUUGAGAAUUUACGACCUGGGCAAGAAGAAGCUGCUUCGCAAAUGUGAAAACAAGCACGUUCCCAACCUGGUGACCAGCAUCCACACCAUCGGCCAGCGUGUGAUCGUGACUGACGUUUCCGAGAGCCUUUUCUGGGUACGUUACCGACGCAACGAGAACCAGCUCAUCAUCUUCGCCGAUGACACGUACCCCCGCUGGGUGACCACGGCCUGUCUGCUUGACUACGACACCAUGGCCGCCGCUGACAAGUUUGGGAACAUCAGUAUCGUGCGCCUUCCGCCCAACACCAGCGAUGAUGUAGAUGAAGACCCCACUGGGAACAAAGCAUUAUGGGACAGAGGCCUCCUUAAUGGAGCAUCACAGAAGGCUGAAGUGAUUAUGAACUACCACGUAGGAGAGACCGUGUUAUCCCUUCAGAAAACCACUCUGAUCCCUGGAGGCUCCGAGUCCAUGGUCUACACCACUCUGUCCGGAGGCAUCGGCAUUCUGGUCCCAUUCACGUCACAUGAGGACCAUGACUUCUUCCAGCAUUUAGAGAUGCACAUGCGCUCCGAGUUCCCCCCACUGUGCGGCAGAGACCACCUCAGCUUCAGAUCGUAUUACUUCCCAGUCAAGAAUGUGAUUGACGGAGAUCUCUGCGAGCAGUUUAACAGCAUGGACCCUCACAAGCAGAAAAGUGUGGCAGAGGAACUGGACAGAACACCGCCUGAGGUGUCUAAGAAACUGGAGGACAUUCGCACUCGCUACGCCUUCUAAUCAUACACCCUCAUGCAGCAGGACACACACACACACACACACACACACACACACACACCCUUCAGCACCACGUUAAGUUCAGGAAACAAAUUGAUGGAUUUCUAUGUGAGCAGACACACACCUUAUUACGCAGAAACAAACCGCAAGACGUCACAUGGUUUUGAUUCCCGUACAUUGCAAGUCACACAUAUCUCAACCUUGUAACACAAACACCCGCAAUUAAAACUAUGAGUGUGCAAACGUUCAGUAUUUCCGUCAUUACCUGGAAACAUGGCAGGAACUGUCGGGCCAGUUCAGCCUUCUUACAUUGCUAGACCGUUAAAUUACCUUGAUUAAGACAAACAGCAGUGUGAAUGUCACUCACCACACUCAGUCAUACGUGUUAUUCACACAUAUGUGUGAACAGAAACUGAGGAGCAACUGUCAUCUGCACCUCAAGUACAUGCAACCAAAAUCUUUUUCUCACAAGUGAAAACUUUUUAUUUAAAAGCCAAGCAGAGAAAUCUAGUUGUGUAGAGAGGGAUGUCAAGCUGAAAGCUAAGAAAUGUUUUUGUAUCUGUUAUUUAGCACAACGGUGUGUUUGUCCUUUUUAAUCUCAGCUGAACGAAACAUGUUUUUGUAUGGUAAGAUCUUUUUGUAUGUGUAUUGAUUUAGAAUUAUGCCAUGAUGCAUAUACCAUAGUCCAGGAGGGUAUCAUUAAAUCUUUCUUAUCCCCUUGCCCUACCUGUGUUUGACAUGUCAGCCUCAUUAAAGCAUAUUGCUUACUUGCAACUGGGAACCAAACAGAAGCCAACGUCUGACCCACGUUUCGAGAAGUGUUGCCAUACUGUGGCAUUAGACGUCAGCCGGACUCAGACUAAAUAAGUGGGUGGAAGAACUCCGAAGGUUUGCACUGGGUGUUGUUCUUCUCAGUCCUGUAAAUUCCCAACCUCAGCCACAGGCUCAGACAUAGCAUUCCUCAGUAGUCACUGAAUUUAGGGGUUUGUGGGAUGGGGGACGUGAUCUGUUUUUUGUAAAUAAAGUUGUUGUUUUUUUGUGCUUUUAUAAAA